AUGACACCUUCGGAAGCCGCUAACAAUGCGCUGAACAACACACUGGCAGCUGUGCAGUCCCUGAUACAGCAUUGUCUCGAGUUGAAGGAGGCAGAUCAAGAGGCCUUGAAGCUAUCGGACAACAUCGCCAGAUGCGUGGCAAAAGACUUAAAGCUUCAUGGGGGGAAUGCCACGUCAUUCUCCCCUCUGCUACUAUCUUGUGCUGCUGUUGUGCAGCAAUACUCAAAGGACUGGAGCUCCGUUAGCGACCAAGACCCCCAAAUUGCGAGCCACCUGCGAUUCAAAAAGACAAUCGACUACCACCCUCCUACCGUCGUUGAGGACGUCUUCAAAGCUCCACCCACGGCAUCCGUUCCCGUGUUUGAGACAACCGCGAUCGAAGUGAUCGGAAUGUCAUCAGCGACACUUCCGACAGCACAACCUGGCCACAGAUCCAAGUCCACCGCAUGUCCGGACAGGACGCCUGCACCACCAUCGCCGUGUUCGACGGGACUAGAGUCUCUCACACCCAUCACUGCUCCGCCUGCGGCCCCGAUUCUGUCAGAGCUGCCCGCACCUAAGGUCAACCUCUUUGUGGUGGGCACCUUGAAGACAAUGGCAAACAGGAUGCCACAGGUCACGAAGAGCAGGAAAAGAAAGGCAAAGCAUGAUACUGAUGAUGAAGCGGUGGACUCAAGGAAGAUUGCGCCCUCCUCUCAACACAAAAAGCCAAAGCGGCAGAAAGUUCCAUCGGAAUCAGAGCCAAAGGUAGCAACACACCCAAUGGCCAUGGACUCAUCGGAGCAUUCCGUUCAUCACCACGCUAGGAAAUGUGACAAGUGCGCGAAAAUGGAUGUAGCCUGUCUUGUUCUGCCGGAUAAGAAGGUCGGUAGCAUGCGCCUCGCGUGUGGCAACUGCGAUAGCAUGAAGAUUUCAUGCGCAAUUGACGGUGUUGGCGUCCAGGAGAGAAUGCAAGGAAAGUCAAAGGCGAAAGCUGCUGAAGUGUCUUCCAAUCCGAAACGUUCUAGGACCCGUCCACCGAAGUCUCGACGUACAGUGAAGUCACCUCCCGUGCAUGUUGAUAAGUCGCCGACCUCCACACCACCCCAUACACCCUCCCUAUCUUUACAAACGGUUGUUGAAGAUUGUGUCAAGCGUCAACUCAAUUUGCACGAAGAUUUGGAACUGACAGAUGCUGAGGCGGAGCCUAAUGUGAUGGACGUCAUGCCGGCCCAAUCAAAUGCUGAACCUCACGCGAUGAUGCAAACUCCCGAUUGUGAGGUCCAACCAGACAUCGCACAUGCUAUCAUUCCCGAGCCCACCCCGAGGGAGAUGCUGCAAAGUAUCCAAGAACUCGGCCGGAGAUUUGAUCUCCUUGCAACCAAUGACCGGGUGGAUGCACUGGACGCAAGAAUUGAAUCAGUAGAGGGUCGCAUCGGUCAACAGUUGGCGAUGUUGGAGCAAUGUAUCAACACGUCCGAUAUUCAAUGGAGAGCCAUGUUGGCAUCCGUUGGGCAUCUCACUUUAUCACUCUGGGAUCACAAAGAUGAUGUUGCAGCACAUCGUCAUCCUAUCAGCACUGCUGGUUAUGCGCCUCUGCAACAUUCGAACGUUGACCUUCCACAAUGGCUUUGUCAAACCAAAGACCCGAAUAUCUCGGCCAUUGGGCGACAAUGGACUCAUGCCUGGGAUCCUUCUGUCGUUGUGGGUGGGCAGGGCUAUGUCAGUACAUCUGCAUCGGUUCAACAAGCUGCCGAUACUCCGGAUACUCCUGUGCUGUGGGCCAACUCUGUUGCAUCUUCUCGACUCUCCAGUGCGCCGUCUCCCACACCUGACUAG